UUGAGAUUUAGUUUGAAAUAGUUCAAAAUGAUUUUAAUACCACUUUUCAUCUUUGCUCUUGGAGCACUAGUUUCAGCGGCUCCGAAUAAACCUCUAGGUAUCAUAAAUGGACGCAAUGCUACAAGAGGAGAAUUUAAAUAUAUGGCCUCUUAUCAAUUAUGUUACGCUGACUCUUGCAUUCAUGACUGUAACGCCAUUGUGAUAAGCAAAAGUUGGGUUUUGAUAGUAGCAGAUUGUCUGAGCAUGUUUGAUAACUAUGAAUUUCAGAUUCAUGCAGGAUUGUUUAAUCUGCACGAUCCAAAGAGACAAAUAAGAACAGCGGUGAAGGGUAUUCAACAUGAAAAAUAUGAUCCCAGCAUAACUGAGAGUGACUAUAAUAUUGCAGUGAUUAAAGUAGACACUCCAUUUGUCUUUAACGACAUGUUACAACCUGCAACCCUGCCCCAACCUAACAGCAAUGUAUCUGAGGGUGAUGCGGUAAUAGCUGGAUUUGGAGCUGCUGACUAUAAUUCACUAUACAGUAUCAGAUUACAAACAAUUAAUGUUGAGGUAGUUAAUACAAAAGUAUGCUUAGAUUAUAUUGGACGGAACCAUGAUCUCCCUGAAUACCACAACAGUGUUGUAUGUACUGGACCUGGACCCUGUGUAGGGGAUUCGGCAGCUCCUGUAAUCCAAAACGGAACUGUUCAAGCGCUUUCGGAUUGGGGCCUUAAUUUGUGUGAUCCUACAAAUGCUAUAAACGUUUAUACUAAAGUCAGUCCCUACAUUUCAUGGAUACAGGAAAACAUCGACGAAGAACUAACUUUGGCAUAGAAUUGAAACUAAUCUUGUAAAUAGAAAUAAAAUUUUAAUAAAUAAACUAUAAUAAUUCUA